AUGGUGCUGGGCUUGGCCACAGCAGGCCCAGUCCCUCCUUCCAAGCCCACCCCAGCCAGAACAGGCUGUCACUUUGGUAGUUUCCAUACUCUGUCACAAUGGGAGCUAGAUGCCUUCAAGAAAGACAAGGAGGCAUUGGAAGAAUCGUUUCAGAAGGACGUUUGGUGCAACACCAACCCCUUUCCCAGUGCCUGGGACCUGGGCCAGCAGCAGGUCCAGGAGCACCCCAAAGCCUUGCAGGCUGAGGUGGCCCUGACACUGAAGGUCUGGGAGAACAUGACUGACUCAGCCCUGGCCAUCAUCCUGGACCAGCCUCUCCACACACUGAGCCACAUUCACUGCCACCUGCAGACCUGUGUGAGUCCUGGACAGCCUCAGCCCACAGCAGAGCCCAGGCCUCUGAGGUGCCGCCUCUCCCGCUGGCUGCACAGGCUCCAGGAGGCCCAGAGCAAGGAGACCCCUGGCUGCUUGGAGUCUCUCACCCUCAACCUCUUUCGCCUGCUCAUCAGGAACUUGAAGUGUGUGGCCAGAGACCAGUGUGUCUGAGUACGGUGGCCCUGCCCAGCCCAUCCAGGACUCUGGACUCUAAACUCAGUCCCUCCCCGCCUUAAUU